AUGUUCUUGCCUCAGUCUCUCCUCUUUGCUGUCCUUUCCGUCUACGGCAUCGCUGCCGCCGCCAAAAGCUCUAGGUCAUCGAGCUCUGCCGGUAGAAGCCGCUCUAGCUCUAGCUCUGCACUUGACUUCUGGCUCACUGCCUAUAUAAUCGACACUUCGUCCCUCAAUUGGCCCAAGACGCCAAUGACAAAGGAGGAAUUCGGCAUCCACAACGUCGCUACAAUGUGGCAAAACCGUCCUGCUAAAGCUCAUGCGGCGGUUUGCAUCAAUAGUCCUUGGAACGUCAAGAAUUACGACAACGUCAGCCCUGCGAUGUCAGUCGCUUACUUCAAUCAAAAGUUCUGGACGAAAAAGGUUUUCAUUUGGGAUUGUGUGUACAUUUGGGGCCCUGACCAGCAGUUCUACAGCUUCGAUGACGUCAAGUCUGACCGAAUGGCUUGGGCAUUCGAUGAUACCAAGUGCUCCAUGGACAACGUUACCAUGGAUCUCUCCUGUCUCUAG